ACGCCCCCCGCGGGCGCGGGUUUGGUUGCGCGGCCGCCGGGAAGGAGACGCUGCCCUUCCGCAGCGAUGGGCGCCUGGCUCUGUGGAGGGACCCUCUGGUAUGUGUAUCCCUGUCCUUCUGGGGUGUGGACGGUGCCCAAGACCCAGCUGACAACCAGUUGAAGACGUUCUCCUUGGAAGCUCCCGACCCUGAGGGCUCUUGCCUGGGGUGCCUGUCCUGCUAUGGCGUUCCGGAGGACUGAGGGCAUGUCCAUGAUCCAGGCCCUGGCCAUGACAGUGGCUGAGAUCCCUGUGUUCCUGUACACGACAUUUGGGCAGUGUGUGAGGAAGGGGAUGGUGGCCUGGAUGGGGCGUGUCCUCGGGCGCAGGCCUGUGCAACCCACCCUCCUGCUCCUUGCAGGCUACUCCAGCCGGAGGGUCCAGAGCCCCAGCAGCAAGAGUAACGACACGCUCAGCGGCAUCUCCUCCAUCGAGCCCAGCAAGCGCUCAGGCUCCUGCCACAGCGUGGCCUCGAUGGCAGCGGUGAACUCAUCCAGCCCCACGGCCGUGGGUUCAGGACCCUGGGAUGCCAGAGCCAUGGAGGAGUCUCUGACCAUCAGCGACGGCAAUGCCGAGAGCCUGUACAUGCAAGGCAUGGAGCUGUUCGAGGAGGCUCUGCAGAAGUGGGAGCAGGCCCUGAGCGUGGGCCAGCGGGGGGACAGCGGCAGCACCCCCACGCCUGGGGACAGCCUGCGGCAUCCAGAGACUGCCUCGGAGCCUGUGUCGGAG